AUGGGACGUCUGGAUGUGGAUGUCUCCUUGCGCAGGGCGGAGUCAUUCGACGUACAUGAUCAGACCGGCACAUGUGCUCUCGCGACGUCACACGUAGCGCGGCGUGAGUCAGGUACUUCGGCAUGUCGUGCGCGCCGGAUGGCUCCGUGCGCGGAAGAAGCGAGCUGGUCUCGUGAUGCUCUGUCAAUGAGCGCGCCUUCCCACGUAUCGACUCAGCUACCUGAUGCAUUGGCUAUGAAUGCACUUGACUGUCCACCGCCCUACUCUAUGGUGGCACAAGAAUCUACUCAUUUUCAUACAUUAACGUCACGAGAGCCAUUGGUACGCUCGUCUUCCGAGCCCGAGUUUUCCCAUAUCGACACGGAUGCCGCAUCAGUAUCCUCGGGCGAUCUGCUUCUUUCGGAUGAGGACGAGGAAUGCUUAUAUCAUCGUCGCCGUAGGCGUACAUUCUCUCAACAGACGCUUCACCAGCAUGAUAUGAAUCGUAUGAAAUACAGGAACACAAAAUCUCAGCCAUCUUUCGUGGCAGCAGCAGCAUCGUCCUCGGCCCACGGGGCACGCGAAAGUCUGUCAAGACACUAUCGAGGGAUUCUCUCUAUGGUCCCAUCGUUCCUCGCUUCCGACUCACCAAUGUCUUCUGUGCCGCGUCCAACAGAGCAGGUUGAGCCUCUUGAGCCAUUGCCUCUUGGCUUCGAGCUGUUGCUGCACUCUUUGCGCCUAUUUGCAGUGGUACCUGGGUUGGUCGGUACCGUGUCCCUGCUACAACACUCAUACCAGCAAGCCCUUAACUACCGAUGGCUGCGCACCAAUUUCAUGUCGCUAACACCGAGUGCGAUUGAAUACUUUUUCUGCUCGCUCUGGAGUAUAUGCACAGCCUUUCAUGCUUUGUCGCUCAUGACGAUGCUGUUACGACGCUGGCUUAUUUAUUACACAUUGGUACCGUCGCUCAUUCGCCUGAUUACGUUCCAGUCGAUUUGCUGGUCGCUCGUGCGCUGGGUCUUGUGGUGCUUCGGACCUUCCCAGCCGGCUGCGGGCUGGAUCGUGAUAUCGACAUUUACGUCCUUUUUCGAAAUUCUGGCUCGCUGGAUCACGAGUAAUAUCACGGAUGUGGACUUGCCGUCGUCGAAUGAUGGCGCGAACUCUGACGUGAACGAGACGGGGGUCUCGGACGCUGAGGGACUGCAUUCGGAUCAGGAAGAUCUGUACCACCUGCUGCACUCGCGGCCCUGGCGCCUGAGCCGCUCUGAGCGGUUCCGACUGUAUCGUGAGGGUGGUGUGUGGGUGAUUCGUGCCUUGACAGGCGCGCCUGAUGAUGGUGUCACGAGUGAAUCGGACACUGAGUUGCCUGACAAGCCGGGAGCGAAUCAGGGGUCUUCGGUGCCAGGCACACAGGGGUCAACUUCUUCGCCGCAUACGCUCUUGUCGCAAGUUGAUAUGGAGCGCUGGCAUCGACGACUUGAUGAGCGGCGACGGCAGCGAAAGCAGCGGCGCCGUUAUCGGCCGCGUAAGCAAAAGACACGCAUGUCAGCCUUUUUCCAAAAUUAUCGCGCGGCUCGGAUCCAUUCCCGCCGUGUCUUUCAUUGGAACGUGGCUGUUUGGCGCAAUGUUGUUCCCAUCGGCAUUUUGGGCUACGUCACUCUGUGGGUAUUUCUCAUUGAGUUUACCAUUACGCGCUUUCAGUCCAACUAG